AUGUCGUAUUGGAUGCAAACAAAAGACAUAUUCCAACACCAAGUUCGAGAACAACUUCAACAUAUUCAAACUCAAGAGUAUCCAAGCUGUUCUGCUGUUUCAUCAACCGACAAGUUGGGUGUCUUGAUUGAUGAAUUAAAUGAAUUACAUAAUAUCAUGCCAAAGUUGAAAAGAAACAAUUAUGUAACGAUGAAAUUCGCUCUCGAGAAGAGAAGCGGUCGUAGUGGUAGUCAUUAUAACAACCGUCCUUCAACCAUCAGUAAUAAUAAAGACAACAACCUUAACGUAAUCUUUUCUCUAAACGAAGGAGUCGGGAUCGACGACGAAAUGCUCUUAGAAAAUCCACCAUAUAAAAUACAUUUUUCUAGUAUAGAUGAGCUUAUUUCCCCAUCCACAAAAAGCAGAUCAUAUAAUAAAUCUCAAAAAGAUCCAACCGCAAAAACAUAUAUUCCUAGGCUGCAAAACGAAUUCAUGCUCUUCAGAAAAAAUUACAGCAAGGGCCUUAAAAAUCAAAAGAAAAGCGAUCGUGCCGCCAGUAAAAUCUCAACGAAUGCUAAAAAGGAGUGGAAUAAUGUCUCUCCGCAAGUAAGAUUAUACUUUAUAAAAUUGGUGGAACUUGCUGCUAAAUUGCAUAAGGAAAAAUAUCCCAAUUAUGCCUACAUUCCAAAAAGAAAAGACGAAAAAAAUAUCAACAGCAAACAACACAAUUAUAAUGGCAACAACACAAGACGUUAA